AUGCCAAAAGUUGUGAGGGUAAAUGAUUGGGAUGAAGAGGAGAGGCCACCACUAGAGGAUGACGGGAAGAAGAGGCCGCCACCAGGUAGCAGAAAGGGGAAGGCCCCGAAGAAGGGGAAGAAGGCGCCGCCGGCAGUAAAGACAAGAACCUCUUCCCGAAAGAGAUCACCAGAGGGAGAAGGCGGCGCCAGUGGCACGGAGGAGGAGCCGUCAGAGGCGUCUGAUGCCGAUUCCCAUUCGUCCCAGUCCAAGUCCACGUCCAAGUCCUCUUCCUCGUCGGCGUCCACGUCGCGGCGAGCCGUUGGAGUGCCCAUAGAGGAGAUUACCCCAGAGCAAAUGCAAGAGAUAGCAGAGUUCUACGAGGGACACCCUAUGUACUACGAUGUUGGGCAUGAGAACCACAAAAACACGAAGUUGAAGGACUGGACUCUGGACAAGUUUAGCGAACAGAUCGGGCUUUCUGUCCAAGCCAUACAGAGGCACUUCACAAGUUGCCGUACCGAACAUUUCAAGCUCAAGAACAGACCCAAGAGUGGCAAGAGUGGAUCCUGGGCAGCCCCCCUUACGUCACUCCAGAAGUUCAAGCUGAAGGCGUAUGAGUUUCUGGACGCCCAUCACAUAUCACGGACGCAGAAAUCGACUUGUGGGAGGGUAAGCAUCUGCAAGCAGAAUUUUGUCAAGUUGCCUUGGAAACGUCUUAAUGUUUUUUCUUUGCCUGUCUGUUGCACACCCUUCUUAUCCCACUUCCGCCUUUCGACUCUAAUGUCAAUGUUUUGCUUGCUCAUGCUUCAGCUUGCUGGUGAGGACGAGGAUUCAGCGUCGGAGGCGAAGUGUGCUGCACCGUCUGAGUCUGAGCCGACCACGUCGCAGGGAGCGGGAGCUGUCAGCAAGAAGAGCAAGGCUACAUCCGCCAGCGACAUGUCCAGGACGCUGAUCGAGUGUCUCGAGUCUAGUGCCAAGGCCACUCAGGACGCAGCUGAAAAGGUGCGUGUAGCCCAGGCUACAGCUGCAGAUCCGUUCCAGGCCGAGCGUGACGCCUGGGCGGAGUGGAUGACAAGCGCGAACAACCAGGUGCCGGCACACCGGUACAGACAGUUUCAGCUGGAGACUUUCACCACAUUCAUGAGAUUCGUCCCGCUCAUGCAGGGGAUUCAGCAGCAGCCCCAGCAGCAGCCUCCGAAGCCCCCGCCGCAGAUCGUACAGCCGGCCGUUCCUCUGGCAGAUCCUUAUAACCAACAGCCGAUGUAUCUUCAGCCCGCAUCCCUGAAACCACAGCAGCAGCCGCAGCAGUUUAUCACCUGUAUUACGCCUCCAGUUCGGCAGCAGCAGCAGCAGCCGCCACAGCAGCUGUAUGAACAGCUCCAGCCUCCCAGGGCAGUGUCUGCACCCCCAGUCACCUCUGCGACAUAUGACCUCUCAUCCUUGCUGGCCUUGCCGUCUCCCCUCAGGCUCCCCGCCAGCAAAGGGUCUAACAUCACAGAAGCUGCGUGGCAGAUUUCUUCACCCGCCAACAUCAGCCUCAACACGCAGUCACCUGCACAGAGGUCAAGAGAUAGCAGCCUUUCGCAGUUGCUAGAUGCGAACGAACGUGAUGUCACAAACGAAGGUCCCGAGGACAACACAGCAGAGCUGCAGCGGGAGAAGGAGCAAGAGUAUGAGCAGGAGUAGGAGCAGGACAGGCCGAGUUCUUCACAGUCUGACAGAGACCCACCUCAGUCAAGUAGUCCAAAGUUUUAGUGAUCGUACUGACAGUGUGCCUCGGAUACUUAUAGCGACAGUGUGCCUCGUAUACUUACAGUGACAGUUAGCCUCGGUUACUCACAGUGACAGUUAUUUUGGCAGCAUUGCCAGUCGGGUUAUAGUUAUCUUGUGAUAUAUAUUCUUUCGAUGGCAGCGGUCUACAGUGCCAGUUUAUGUUUAUUGCCAUAUUUAUUGUGUAUGUGGUAACAUCCAAGGUAUGAAAACUAAAGUUCUGUCGUUGUCUUUAUUGUUUUUAUCUUUUUAACAUCUUAGAGCAAUAAACUGAGAACUCAAAAGGUAAAACAAAGUUAAUUUAGAAGGAAAGAAAAUGUCAUUUAGAAGGUUUUAUAGAACACACCAUAAAAAUUGGUUAAUUUUAACAAAGUUGCAUAGAU